AUGUCAUACCUUCCGCCACUAGGAGCCUUGCUCCUGCCUCUUACGGCACUACUCGCCCAGUCUGCGCUCGCUGCCAACCCGUAUACCAGCUCCAUGAGCGAAACACCGAAGGACAACAACCCAGACUGCGACUGCUAUGUCGUCCAAUCCGGCAAGGACUCGCAAACGCCAGAGUACUUCCAAUACUACCGUUUCUACGACUUCCGAAACCUCCCAGGCGCAAUGAGCGAGUCACCACCGCUUCUCAACGACAGUCAGAUCGCGGGCAUGGCGAACACAUGGCAGCCAGAUCUGUUCAACAGCGAUGCCUGGAACUACGAUUGGGGCAUCCAGAACUGGACCAAGCCCGCCACCGAAGACUUCCCCGUACCGAUGAACAACUCCUUCGCGAACAUCUUCCUCGGUGAAGAAGACUCCACAUCAUACCUCGCACUACGAACAUCGCGUCUGGAUGACUACCAGACAGCUGGAGAGAUUGAGAACCAGCAGAAGAACCUCAUGCACGUUUCGAUGCGCAUGUAUGGUCGUGUUCAGGGUGCCAAGGGUGCGGUAGCGGGAUUCUUCACGUUCUUCGACGACGAUAACGAGUCCGAUAUCGAGAUUUUGACCGACGAUCCUAAAGACCAGAUUCGCUACACGAACCAGCCUUCCGUAGGCGAGGAUGGCAACGAAGUCGCUGCUGCGUCCGUUGGCCCCACCGACCUCCCCCGCUGGGACGAAUGGCAAACCCAUCGCAUCGACUGGUUGCCUAAGAACAGCUACUGGUACCUCAACCAGAAGCAAGUCGCCGCAAACACAUACUCCGUCCCCCGCGAGCAGAGUUUUCUGGUCCUGAACAUGUGGGGCGAUGGUGGAGAGUGGAGUGGCGAGAUGGAUGUGGGCGAUAGUGCCGAGUUCCACAUUCAGUGGAUCGAGAUGACGUUCAACACCAGUGGACCGUAUGAAGGAAAAAGCCAGGAGAACAAGAGGGAUAUAACCAAUUUGUUUGGAAGAAAGAGAGCGGAGAAGGGAUGCAAAACCGUGUGCAAGAUCGAUGACGUGAAAGAAGUCGGUACGCCUGAGAUUGAGAGCGGUGCGAUGGGAAUGAGUGUUUCUUGGGGACUGUUGGUUGUUGUUGGUCUUGUGUAUGUUGCUGUAGGAAUUUAG